CUCUCUAUUUUCCUGCCAACAAACAAGCAAAAACACACACACACACACUCAGAGACAAUAUCCACAGAGGCUGGCUGAUAUGUAGAAUGUCCUGUAGCUAGAAAGGAACACCCACACGCAUACAUAUGUAGCGUGUCACAUUCAAUCAAGCUCUUGAUCGCCUGACACGGCGACGCUUGCCAGAAAACAGCUGUUGCCAAGGCGAGAGCAGGAACAAAAUGGCCACCGCUCCGCUCCUAGCCCGACGGCUCUAACAGCAGUGGGGAAUCAUGGCUUCGGCCCUCCCCAUCACUCAGAUGAAGUGCGCGGCGAAAUUGAAUGCCUUGUCUGUAGGAGGUGGAUGUCCUCGUAAGAAUUUCAGACCACUUCUGAAGUGAAAGGAGGGAGUGGGACCUUUUUGUUCUUUCUUUCAUCUCGUUUUUUUUUUUUCAUAGAAAGAGGGGAAUGGAUUUCGAACGCGAAUGAGAAACCAGUGUUGGGAAAGUGGCUGACUGAGAGUAGUGGUCAGGAGUCUGUGUUUUAGUGUUUUUGGUGUGUUUGUGUUUGACUGGUUUGUUUGUGUGUCGCACACAUAUUCAUGGCAAAAUCUGUGGACAUCUCGCCAAACUCAACGGCAAUGGCCAUGUGAUGAUCAUUGAACAGACGUACGAUACAUAAUAUCUUUAUUUCGUUUAAUUUUCCACAGAAGGAAGAAUAAACAAUAUAAAUCUAAAUGAGACACCUUUGUUGAUGUGUGCUAUGUUAUGUGUGUUAGCAUUUCUCACCCUCUUCUUCUUUUUCUUCUCCCCCUCUCGCCCUCUCUUUCUCUGUCCACAGGUUCUCCCUCAGAAAGAGGGUGUGAGGGGAGCAGCCCCCCCCUCCCCCUGCCCUGUCCGAACACCUCCUGCCCCGUCCCCCGCCGACUGCCGCGGCCCCUUUCCCGGCCCAAGCAUGGCACUGCCAAUGUGGAUCCUGUGUACCUGUGCCAUCAUGCUCACGCUCAACAUCGCCCCCUCUGCUCAAGCUUUGGGUCGCUCCAUGAUGCCCUUUGGCCUGAUGCGUAGGGAGCUGGCGUGCGAGGGCUACCCCAUCGAGCUGCGCUGUCCAGGAAGUGAUGUCAUCAUGAUCGAGACGGCCAACUACGGCCGCACCGACGACAAGAUCUGCGACGCGGACCCCUUUCAGAUGGAGAAUGUGCAGUGUUACCUGCCCGACGCUUUCAAGAUCAUGUCACAGAGGUGUAAUAACCGCACGCAGUGUGUGGUGGUGGCUGGGGCGGACGCGUUCCCUGACCCGUGUCCAGGGACCUACAAGUACCUAGAGAUCCAGUACGAGUGUGUGCCCUACAAAGUGGAUCAAAAAGUCUUUGUGUGUCCGGGGACUCUGCUGCGAGUCCAGGCAUCCAGCUCGCUCCAGGAGGCGGAGCACCAGUCGGGGGCGUGGUGCAAGGACCCGCUGCAGUCGGGCGAUAGGCUGUACGUCAUGCCCUGGACGCCCUAUCGCACCGACAUGCUCUACGAGUACGCCUCAUGGGAGGACUUCCGCCAGAACAGAGCCACCACCACCUACAAGUUGCCAAACCGAGUGGAUGGUACAGGGUUUGUAGUGUAUGACGGUGCAGUCUUCUAUAACAAGGAGCGCACUCGCAACAUUGUGAAGUAUGACCUGCGUACGCGCAUCAAGAGCGGCGAGGCCAUCAUCGCUAACGCCAACUACCACGACACCUCGCCGUACCGCUGGGGCGGCAAGUCCGACAUUGACCUGGCCGUGGACGAGAAUGGCCUGUGGGUCAUCUAUGCCACAGAGUCCAACAACGGGCGGCUGGUGGUCAGCCAGGUGAACCCUUACACGCUGCGCUUCGAGGGCACCUGGGAGACGAGUUUCGACAAGCGCCUGGCAUCCAACGCCUUCAUGGCGUGCGGCGUGCUCUACGCCGUCCGCUCCGUCUACCAGGACGACGACAGCGAGGCCGGCGGCGACCUCAUCCUGUAUGCCUACAACACCAACCGGGCGCGGGAGGAACCCGUACACAUCCCCUUCCCCAACCCCUAUCAGUACAUCUCCUCGGUGGACUACAACCCCCGCGACAACCAGCUCUACGUGUGGAACAACUACAACGUGCUACGCUAUCCGCUCGAGUUCGGACCGCCCGACCCCUCCUCCGGUGAGCACCAGUUGACCUCUCACCCCUCCUGUCCGUCUCCUCUUCCAGCCACCACUCAGGCGAGCAGCUCGGCCCCCGCCCGUCCCUCCACCUCCUCCGCCUCCAGCCCGGCCACCCUGCGCCCGCUGCCCCCCACCUCGCACCCCAUCGGGGCCAUCAACAAGGAGCCCGACCUGCGGCCCGCCACCACCACCGCCGCUGUCCCCGGCACGCGCCGGCCCCCGCAGCCCCCGGCCCAGGGCCCCGAGGCCAACAUGUGUGAGGCCACGGUGGUGCGUGGGGUGCAGUGGCCCACCACACAGAGAGGGGAGACAGUGGACCGGCCCUGCCCUAAAGGAUCACUGGGUAUAGCCUCCUACCAGUGUCUGCUCUCCCCAGUGGUGUGGAACCCUCGAGGGCCUGACCUCAGCAACUGCACCUCUCCCUGGGUGAACCAGGUGGCCCAGAAGAUCAAGAGCGGGGAGAACGCGGCCAACAUCGCGGCGGAGCUGGUGAACCACACGGGUGGGCGCAUCCACGCCGGCGACGUCAGCUCGUCCGUGCGGCUCAUCGAGCAGCUGCUGGACAUCCUGGACGCUCAGCUGCAGGCCCUCAAGCCUGGCCUGAAGGAGUCGGCCGCCCGUAACUACGGCAAGCUUCAGAAGAGAGAGCGGACCUGUCGGGCCUACAUCCAGGCGGUGGUGCAGACAGUGGAUAAUCUAUUGCGUGUGGACGCUCUGGAGUCGUGGCAGGACAUGAACAACACAGAGCAGGCCCACACCGCCACCAUGCUGCUGGACGUCAUGGAGAAAGGCGCCUUCCUGCUGGCCAACAACAUGUAUGGCAACCGCUUCGCCGACCGUGCCAACAACAUCGAUCUGGAGGUGCACGUGCUGAAUACAGAGAUGGACCUGCAGGAUUUAUCCUUCCCACAGAACUACACCAGUGACGGCAGCAUCCAACUCUCAGCCUCCACCGUCAAACAGUACAGCCGCAACGGUCAAGUGAAGGUGGUGUUCGUGCUGUAUAAAAACCUGGGAGCGUUCCUGUCGACAGAGAACGCCACCGUCAAAAUGGAGGUGGGGGUUGGGCCUGAGGGGCGGGCCCUGGCUGUCAACUCGCACGUCAUCGCCGCCUCCAUCAACAAAGAGUCCAGCCGCGUGUUCCUGACCGAGCCUGUAGUCUUCACUCUUAAACACCUACAGCUGGAGAACCACUACAGCCCAAACUGUACGUUCUGGAACUACUCGGAGCGCUCGAUGACGGGCCAGUGGUCCUCUCAGGGCUGCAGGCUGCUGGAGACCAACAGCACACACACCACCUGCUCCUGUAGCCACCUCACCAACUUCGCUGUGCUCAUGGUCCAACACGAGCCUGACUACCCAGGCAGCAUGCACGAGCUGAUCCUGUUUGUGAUCACGUGGGUGGGCAUCGUCAUCUCGCUGGUGUGCCUGGCCAUCUGCAUCUCCACCUUCUGCCUGCUGCGUGGCCUGCAGACCGACCGCAACACCAUCCACAAGAACCUCUGCAUCAACCUCUUCAUCGCUGAGCUCCUCUUCCUCAUUGGCAUCAACAAGACCGACUACCCCGUGGCCUGCCCCAUCUUUGCCGGCCUCCUGCACUUCUUCUUCCUGGCAGCCUUCUCGUGGAUGUGCCUUGAAGGCGUGCAGCUCUACCUCAUGCUGGUGGAGGUAUUUGAGAGCGAGUACUCACGCAAGAAGUACUACUACCUGUGCGGCUACUGCUUCCCUGCGCUGGUGGUGGGCAUAUCCGCCGCCAUCGACUACCGCAGCUACGGCACCAAGAAAGCGUGCUGGCUGCGGGUGGAUAACUACUUCAUCUGGAGCUUCAUUGGCCCUGUGUCCUUCAUCAUCAUGCUCAACCUAGUGUUCCUCAUGAUCACGCUGCACAAGAUGGUGCGCAACUCCUCCGCCCUCAAGCCUGACUCCAGUCGCCUUGACAACAUCAAGUCCUGGGCUCUGGGGGCUAUCGCUCUGCUCUUCCUCCUGGGCCUCACCUGGGCCUUCGGGCUCCUCUUCAUCAACGAGAACACCAUCAUCAUGGCCUACCUGUUCACCACCUUCAACGCCUUCCAGGGCAUGUUCAUCUUCAUCUUCCACUGCGCGCUACAGAAGAAGGUGCAUAAGGAGUACAGCAAGUGUCUGCGCCACUCGUACUGCUGCAGCCGCACGUCCACCACCAGCUCCCACGGCUCCCUGAAGAACUCGGCACUGAGGGCCAACAACCGCUACUACACCGGAUUCCGCCGCAUGUGGAACGACACGGUGCGGAAGCAGACCGAGUCCUCCUUCAUGGCCGGAGACAUCAACAACACCCCCACACUCAACCGUGCCACCAUGGGGAACCACCUCCUGACGAACCCAGUGCUGCAGACCCGCUCGGGCACCUCUCCCUACAACACGCUCCUCGCCGAGAGCUUCACUCCCCCAUCUCCCGGAGUCUUUAACUCCACCGGGACCUUCCGAGAUCCAAAGAGUACUCUGGCUAAGACCAGAGACCCAUGUGGUAUGGAGACCCUCCCUCUGAACGGCAACUUUAACAACAGCUACUCGCUGCGCAGCGUGGGCGGACCCGGCGGUAGUGGCGGAGGCAGCUGCGACUUCCUCGGGGGUGGAGUCGGGGGUCCCGACAGCCCGCCUCCUCUGCUGAACCCGCGCGGCUCGGAGACGUUGGGCGGCAUCCGGCGGAACCUGUCGGAUGCGGCGGCCUUCGAGAAGAUGAUCAUCUCCGAGCUGGUGCACAACAACCUGCGUGGGAGUGGCGGAGGUGGAGGAGGAGGGCAUGUGGGUGGAGGAGACCGGCUGGUAUAUGGCAGCCUAGCCAGGCACGGACACGCCCACAACGGCGGUGGGAUGCGAGGGAUGGGCAUGAGCAUGGGCGGGCCGGAGCCGGGCAUUAUGGGCCUGGAGGAGGACGAGGACUACCUGUGCGGGCGCGAGGUGGGGCGCCAGUGCACGCCGCAGGACGUGGAGCUGCUGUACAAGGCCCUGGAAGAGCCCCUGCUGCUGCAGCGCGCCCAGUCCGUGCUCUACCAGAGCGACCCCGACGAGUCCGAGAGCUACACGGCCGACCUCACCGAGAGCCUGGGCCACAGCACCGGCCCCACCAGCAGCAGCGGUGGCGGUGGCGUCGGCAGCGGCGGGGGGCAGGGCGGGCACAGCAGCAGCGCCGGGGGUGGAGGCUGCGUCGGCGGCGGCAGCGGUAGCUGUAGUGGCAGCGGUGCCCCGGACUCGCCGGCGCGGGACUCCCUGUACACCAGCAUCACCAACCUGCGAGACUCCCCCUACCCCGACAGCAGCCCCGAGCCGCUGGAGGUGGCGCCGCGCUCCGCCCAGCCGCCCGAGGAGCUCUACUACAGCUCCGGCCGGCCCGCCAUGGGCACCCGCGGAGGCCCCAUGCAGACCUUCUACCAGGCGGCGGCGCCCCCGCCACGCAGGCCCAGCGGGGAGGGCCACGGGGGGCCGCAGGAACCCCCCCACGCCGAGGGCGACGGACAGAUGCAGCUGGUCACCAGCCUGUGACUGUGAGGAGGAGGAGGAGAAGGAGAGGAUGAAGAGCCAGAGCAGAGAAACAGAAAUGAUGAAGAUGACGAUGAUGAUGAUUGUGGUGGUCAAUGGCAGCUCCCCCCUUUUCUCUCAUCCCUAACUCCUCACUGCUCAUUCCUCUUCUUCGGUUGCCUUCUUCCCCCCUCUUUACUUUCCAGUUGCAGCUGAGGGUUAAGAGGGAGAAAUGCACCGAUGUGUGAUACUAUGUGCGAUUCUCAUCCCUACUCCCCACCAGAGACAGGGGCUGGGACAGAGCGCUUUAGUCCACCGGCACCAUCCUGAUCUCUCCCCCUCCUCCUCUUCCUCUUCCUCCGGGUGCAGACCCAUAGUGUUCGCUCACGCUCUCUAUCUCCAUCAUCCCUUUCUUCCCUCCAUCUCUCUCUCUCUACAUCCCCCCAGCCAAUCCACCUCGUCACAUCAGUCCUCUGGGACUUCUUUCGUUUUACCCUCCUGUCCUUAAUCCUAUCUGUCCUUUUCCAUCCUCUUUUCCUUUCUUUCUUUCUUUUUUCCCUACACCCAUUAUUCACUGAGAGCUGUGAACUGUGGAGAUGGGAAAGGGGAUAUGCCAUUAUAAUGUAAAGAGGGGGGGAAAGGAGACAGGAUCUUUCUGAAAGAAAAAUAUCCCCUCAGUGUUGCCAAAAAUACUCUUUUUGAGCCAGAACUUGAACUAGAACAUCAACACAGAAACACACACACACACUCCAUGUUGUUCUCUCUCACACCUGCGCACACACACACACACACUCACACACACAGCCAAACCACACACUGACAGAAGUGCUUGUUAUCGAACAUCAGAAGGUGUGAACAGAGACUCCAUGCCGAGGGGAAGAUGGGCCGUUCUUCGGUGAAAAGGUAGCGGGAGCUUGCUCAGCCGAGUUGCCUUUUAUUUCCUAGCGCUGAGACGGAGAAAACCGCUACGGCUAAGACCGAAGGAGGCCCAGCGCCAUGCCAUCCAAGAAGUCAGGGGUCGACUUUCCCUGUUUGACCCCUGCGGGGACCCGUAGUGCAAUGAAUGAACAUUUCCUUUUUUUUGUUAUUGUUGUUGUUGUUUUGUUCCUGGCUUCUUCGAGGUUCCAAACGCCUCACUUAAGGUGAAUGGGUGUGAGGGAAUGCCGCACUCUCUCAAGCCUGGUUUGGUUGUUUAAAAUGGAGGGCAGAUGUAGAACUGAGUCCUCACUCACUGAUGGAUGUUUUUAAAGGUGGACUUUUCACCUAUGUGUGUUGCUAUGGCGAGGAGAGUACUCGUUUCUACAACUCCUCCAGCUGUUAUUCAAGCCUAACCUUGUACAUAAGAAUCCCAUGACAAAGUAACUCUUCUCCUACGCUGUAAAUAGAAAAAGAAAAACAGUGAAACAAAAGCAACAAAACAGAGUAACUGAACAAUUAUGAAAUACUGAUUUCUUGUACUGCAACAGAAAGAAAACUCAAAAGGAAAAAAAAAAAAAAACAAUAAAAACGUUUUGGAGUUUGUGACCUGAAUGACGCUCUAUCUCUCACUUCCUCCCCCUCUCUUUCUCUCUCAACCUUGCGUGUCCUAUUAGUGAAUGACAGCAUCUGAGAGAUGGAGAGAGAAAGAGAUCUGGGAAGACAGACAGAGGGGAUGAUUUUGCAUACAAAUGAAGGGCAGAAAUCCCUGGCACAAUUUUAUGUAAUAUAAUCCAUGACAUGUUGUUAGUGUUGGACCCUUGACAUUCCCAGGGCAGCGGAACUCAACCAGUGAGAGGGGGGUAUAAACAUAAUAAAUGUCACACUGUGCCUCAUGGGUCCAGUGAUGCAUCAUGGGUAAAUAGUGAGCAGCCAUAAUGGGGAUUUUUUUAUGCUGGUGAUGUAGAAGAGAUGCCAUAGACAAAAGUGAAUCUAGCAAACAACAGGACACACCACUGUGCAAUGAAUGGCACAGACGGACAGAACUAAUUUAAACAAAAACCUUAAUUGCGUUUGACUGUUUCUAAUCAGUCAUGUCAGCUUCUAAUCAACAGCGGAAACGACAGUGUAUCCACAUUUUAAUAUGCUGUAUGGAUGGAUGUGUCUUUGUUCAUAGGGGUGUGUGUGUGUGUUGUUUUUAAUGAGAAAAACUGAAUACAAUUUAGAUCAUUUUCCAUUCCAGAGGCUAUUUUUUACUGGCUGCAUUGAAUCCGCAUUAGUCAAUCUUUGAAUCUUAGUAAAUCCAUGUCCACUGUAUGACAGGCCGGCUCUAGCCCAAGGACCUUUCAUUUCUUUGGGUAAUUUCAUUAUGUGUGUGAGGGGGAAAUAGGUUUAGGUGGUAGCCUACAGUGGUAGUUUCGGUGUUAAGAAUAUGAGACUUCCACAGAAAUCCGCCCAUUCAGUAUGUGCAUCAAGAACUGUAUGCCAAUGAUAUCUUUAAUAGAUUGAAAAUGUUAGCGUUGUGGAGAUGACUGAAGCUAGAAGACUGAAGAAACAUUCAUGAGUGAUUCAGCCCGAUAGUUCAAUCCCACUUAUAUAUAUAAUGGACUGCCUUACACACACUAGACAGUAUUUCUAUCCAUAUUUAUUUGUAUUUUAUUUAUUUCUCCUUUUAUACGUGCUUUGCUUUGUUCCUCUCUGUUUUUUUUUAUCCGUGCAUGUACUGCGAUGCUGAUGCCUGAGAGAUGGAAUAGCUUCAGGGCAGAAGUGUUUUGAUGUAGGCCAGUGGAGCGUCCUCGUGUCAGCCUCAGAUCAAUGUGUAGUGUGUAAGGCUAGAAAGCUGCGCAGAAGUCAGUCACGGGCGGUAGGGCACCACCACGCAGUUCAAUGUCAGAGGAAGUGCUUUGGUAUGUUUCCGUAACCGUCUCGGUUUCGAUAACUCUUUCUCUCUUUCACUGGUUCCCUAGGGGACAGCUAGGCUACAGGGGAGUCUGCAAGAAAAGAGGAAAAUCUCUUUUUGAAGGACAAGCGUGCAAUAGUGUGCAUGAGGAAACGGGCUCGGCUCUGACACACAGCGAGGACUGGAGUUUUUUUUUUCUCUGUUGUGCGUGUCUGUCGGUGUUUAUGAAGUGUUUUUCACCUGAAAACCUUCCGCCGCCCGUGUAUCUCCCUCAGCUCUGAGUGAUCCAACGAACGCUCAGUCAAGCUGUUUAUCACAGCCAAUGGAAGGUCGGUUGACAAUUUGAAUGUAUUCUUUAUCAGUCUGGGAUCUGUGAGAGCGUGCCUGGUUAUCCUCUCAAGGACAGCGGUG